AUGACAUCAAUUGCAAAAGAUAAAUUAGUGAACGAAAGUGAAUUACAAAAAUUAAUCGUUUCACAUUAUCCUUCGAAAGUAUUUGAUGUUAUACUGAAUCCAAUUCCACCAAUUCAUUUACCACCUCAAUAUGCAAUUAUUCUUAAAUAUGUACCGAAAAUGGUAUCUUGUGACGAAGUACAUGAAGCUAUGUUAGCAAUUUGUUAUUCGAAAUUUUCAAUUGAAGAAAUGAAAAGUUCAAUAACAAAUAAAUCUAGACAUAUACGUAUUGAUAUAGCAUCCAAAGAUGUAGUUCGUAAAAUCUUAAAUGGAGGUGUCCUGCCUUUAGAUGGUUAUUUGAUUGAGAUAGUUGAGUUUUUAGCUCCUCCUCAAAUACUUAUGUGUACCUGGUGUAAUAGGCCGGAACAUACAAUAAGAGAAUAUAAAGAAACAGUUGAAAAAUGUCGUAGAUGUGGUAUGAAUAAAUUAGACGGUGAUCAUUUGCAAUGCAGCAUUAAGUGUCAUCAUUGUGAAGAUGACCAUUUAGUCACAGACUAUCGAUGCCCAAUUAUUAGUAAUUUUAGAAAAGAACUUAUUGAUGAACUAAGAAAAAGACCCGAAUUAUUACCACAAAAUGUACAAAUAUUCAUUCCGGUUGAAUAUAGAGAUGGUGGUAAAAACUCUAUUAGUGGUAAACGUGCAAAUUACUUAUAUUCACAAUUACCUGCAAGUACACCUCAAUUAAAAGAAUGGCCACCAUUGCUAUCAGCAUUAUCAAAAAUUCAUUUAAAUGAACAUAAUGCCAAUGCAGUGGAAGAUAUGUUAAAUCAAGAAAACUCAUUAAAAAAUGAUUAUGAAAAAUUAAAAUUAGAAUUUAAUCGAUGUGAAAAUGAAUUAAUGAUAAAGCAUGAGAACUACAACUUGAAACUUGGUUCAAUGUUAUAUUUAUUAAUGAUUCAAAACAAUCAACAAAAUGAUUGUAUUACCAAAAUAUAUACUAUUGUAAAUAAAUUAGUUCCAAUAAUUAAUGAUUCACUUACGUCAGUACGUAUGUGUCCUGAAAAAAUUAUUAGAAAUUCUAAUGAUACAAACCUAAAAAAACCAGUAUAA